AUGACGUCGCUGGUAAAAGCGAAACAAGAAGACUACCACAACCACAUUCUCAAGAUUACUGUAAUCAUAGAAGAUUUCGAGAAUAAGCUGCUACAUGACCUCGUUCAACCACAAGACUAUCAACGGAUUUACGACACUCUAUCUGCGUCGGUUGCUACUGAAUACGAGCACAAAAUCGUAGCAUUUGAUGAAUCAAAAGUUAUAGAGCAUGAUGCGCCGACAUUCUCGAUCAAGAAGCUCAAUGAAAAAUACAGUUCAGUACUGUACGAAUCGGAUAUGGUUCUACAUCCUGAUCGCCUACAAGCGAUUGUGGAUGCGUCACUUGAUGGCAAGGGCAAAAGGAAAAGGAGAAAGCGAAAGGCUUAUGUCGAUUACAUGUACCCGAGAACAAUUUGGACCGGAGGAGUACCAUAUUCUAUACACAGCUCAUUAGUGGGACGCGCCCGAGAGAGCGUGCUCAGAGCAAUUUCUUUCUGGCAAGCGGAAACAUGCGUCGACUUCCGCCCGAGAACGAAUGAAAGACAGUUUCUGGAAUUUAUUGGCAAUGAUGAUGGAUGUUGGAGUACUGUGGGCAAGGAUGAAAAAUUAGGAAGACAAGUACUGAGCAUUGGAAGAGGAUGUGAACACUUCGGAGUGACAUCGCAUGAGUUGGCGCACUCUUUGGGAGUUUUUCAUGAGCAAUCGAGAUAUGAUCGCGACCCGGUAGUUCAGCUUAAUAGAAGAGUUGUUGAUCCUACACUUUUGUUCAACUUUGCAAAGAUUGGUCCCAGAGAACUGAACACCUACAAUCUACCCUAUGAUGUCGGCAGCGUCAUGCACUACACUCCUACAGAGUUUUCCUCAUAUAGAAACAUACCUGCUUUGACCACAGUUGAUCCAAAUCUUCAGCAAACUAUGGGACAAAUGGAGGGACCAUCAUUUCUGGAUGUUAUGUCAAUAAAUUUGCAUUAUAACUGUCAAGAAAUUUUGCUGCCUAGAUGUCCGAGUGGAUUUGGUGGACAGUAUUGUAACGCUAUACCACCAUCGUUCUCAAAUGGUUGUGGAGGAGAGUUGAUCGCUUACGAAGCAAUUCGAAGAUUCGACAUCACCAUCAGGCAGAUCGGACAACAACGAACAAAGCAGUGUAUAUAUCAUUUGAAAGCACCCAGAGGCAAACGCGUGCUAGUAAAUCUAGUCCGUGUCCAAGGUAGAUGCGUUGAAGGAUGCUGGGAAGAUGGUGUAGAGUUCAAAAUGUCUACCGAUCCGCGUCUUGUUGGUUACAGAUUCUGCUGCCAACCACGUUAUCAACAGCGAAUUCUCUCCAGAAGUAACACUGUGCCAUUCAUAGUUACAUCACGCAAUAUUGGCAUUACACUCACGUUCGAGUACACAUUCGUUGAUGCAAAUGCUCGCCACGACUUCGACGAAGUAGAGCCACCAACUACACCUCCACCAGCGGAAGUUCUGCAAAAUACCGAAGAACAAUUAGACGGAGUGAAUACAAAGGUUGAACUGCUGCUCUAA